AUGCCCUCAGAACGAUCAUCACGGCAUACAUCCCUCACUAUCGACUCAGCCGUUGAUGUCGUCAAAUCAGCAGCAUCACCAGAGGACAAGGAGAAGUCUUCUACCUCUUCAGUCAGCGACCACACGACAUUCAACACCGCUCCCACCACCAGCUCGCAACCUCCUCUCUCCAUUCUUCUUGCCUACACCGCACUUUGUAUAUCGAUCUUCCUUGUUGCCCUCGAUACCGUGCUGAUUCCGACUGCUCUACCUAAAAUAUCUCAGUCCUUUCACAUUCCAGACUCGCUGUACGCAUGGACUGGAUCUGCCUACCUCCUCGCCAAUGCCUCCUCAAUACCCUUUUGGGGUACGCUGGCUGAUGUCUUUGGUCGUAAACCCGUCAUCCUUGUGGCGAACACAAUUUUUCUGAUUGGAAGCAUCAUCUGUGCUGUCAGUGUCGAUGCAACCAUGCUAGUGGGUGGAAGAGCAGUGCAAGGUCUGGGCGGAGGAGGUGUCACAGUCCUAGUAUACGUUUGCGUCAGUGACCUAUUCACAAUCCGCAACCGCUCCUUCUACCUCGGCAUCGUAGGCGCCGUCUGGGCCGUCGCAUCAGCCCUGGGUCCCGUGCUCGGCGGCCUCUUCGCCGAGACCCUCUCCUGGCGCUGGUGUUUCUACAUCAACCUCCCCAUCGUCUGCCUCUCCAUCGUACUGCUAUACUUCACCCUGCACCUACACAACCCGCGCACUCCCUUCCUCGCAGGCAUAUACUCGAUCGACUGGUUCGGCACAUUCACCAUUCUAGCCGCAACCAUCCUGCUCCUCGUUGGCCUGCAGACGGGCGGCACAACAUCCUACACUUCCCCCAUGGUCAUCGCCUUCCUAGUACUCGGCUCCAUGGCUUAUGCUAUAUUUCCGAUUACGCAGUGGUGGGAAGACAAACACGGUGGCACCCCAAUCAUGCCGCUCCGCAUCUUCCGCGACACGAGCAACUUCAGCGCGCUGGGUGUCUGCGCCUUCGACGCCCUGGUCUUCAACUCGGUCGCCUACUUCGUACCGCUGUACUUCCAGAUCGUCGCCGGCCGCUCGCCAUCAACAACAGGAGUACUAAUGCUUGCUCUCGCCAUCCCACUGACUGUCAUGUCUUUCACCUCAGGCUUUGUCAUCGAGAAAACGGGCCGGUUCAUGGACUGGUUGCAGGUAGGCUUGCUACUCACGACUGCCGGCAUCGGCGCACUGAUCUCUCUCACUGCGACGUUUGAUCUCAGCAAGGCGGUGGCAUUUCUGGCCCUGAUAGGUGCAGGGUUUGGACCGACAUUCCAUACACCGCUCAUUGCGCUGCAGACGCGGAUCAAAGACACGGAUAUGGCUGUUGGUACGGCGACGUUUGGGUUCGUGCGUAUGCUGUCUGGCGCUGUUGGUGUUGUGCUUGGACAGGUUGUUUUCCAGGCCCUCAUGAGCGACAAGUUUGAUAGCAUCGUGUCUGCAGGCGUGCCAAGAAAUUUAGCAGAACAGCUAGCAGGCGGCGAGGCGGUUAGUCAAGCCAACACCGUUGCGCUGCUUGAUGAGGCGCAGAGGUUUGUGGUCAGGCAGGUGUUUAUGAGUGCGUUGAGAGGCACGUUCAUCUGUUAUACUGUUGUUGCCGCGUUGGGCUUGUUGACUACUUUGGGGAUCAAGAGAGUUACGCUAAAGCGGGAGGCGAAGGAGGAUGCAGAGUCUGCGUUAGUACAGAGUGGCAACGGGGGCUUGGAGUCUGGGAGGGCGGUUGGGCAAACCGCAUAG